CUGAAGUGCGUGUGUCUUUUGUGUGACUCUUCAAACUUUACCUGCCAAACAGAAGGCGCGUGUUGGGCCUCUGUCAUGCUAACUAAUGGAAAAGAGCAGGUGAUCAAGUCCUGUGUGUCCCUCCCAGAAUUAAAUGCUCAAGUCUUCUGCCACAGUUCCAACAAUGUCACCAGAACUGCGUGCUGCUUCACCGACUUCUGUAACAACAUCACGCUGCACCUUCCAGCAGCAUCACCAAAUACCCCCAGACUUGGACCCACAGAGUUGACGGUUGUCAUCACUGUGCCUGUCUGCCUCCUGUCCAUAGCUGCCAUGCUGACUAUCUGGGCAUGCCAGGACCGCCAGUGUGCAUACAGAAAGACUAAGAGACACAACGUGGAGGAGCCGCUGGCAGAGUGCAACCUGGUAAAUGCUGGAAAAACGCUCAAAGAUCUGAUUUAUGACGUGACCGCUUCGGGCUCAGGCUCUGGUCUGCCUCUUUUGGUUCAAAGAACGAUUGCAAGGACGAUUGUACUUCAAGAAAUCGUGGGGAAAGGUCGAUUUGGGGAAGUGUGGCAUGGAAGAUGGUGUGGAGAAGAUGUGGCUGUGAAAAUCUUCUCCUCCAGAGAUGAAAGAUCUUGGUUUCGUGAGGCAGAAAUUUAUCAGACGGUGAUGCUGCGACAUGAGAACAUUCUUGGCUUCAUCGCCGCUGACAAUAAAGAUAAUGGAACUUGGACUCAACUUUGGCUUGUAUCUGAGUACCAUGAACAGGGCUCCUUAUAUGACUAUUUGAAUAGAAACAUAGUGACUGUGGCUGGAAUGGUCAAGCUGGCACUUUCAAUAGCUAGUGGUCUGGCUCACCUUCACAUGGAGAUUGUCGGUACACAAGGCAAACCUGCUAUUGCUCAUCGAGAUAUAAAGUCAAAGAACAUCUUAGUGAAAAAGUGUGACACUUGUGCCAUAGCAGAUUUAGGGUUGGCUGUGAAGCAUGAUUCAGUCACAAAUACCAUAGACAUACCUCAGAAUCCUAAAGUGGGAACCAAGAGGUAUAUGGCUCCUGAAAUGCUUGAUGAUACGAUGAACUUCAGCAUCUUUGAGUCCUUCAAGCGAGCUGACAUCUAUUCUGUGGGUCUGGUUUAUUGGGAAAUAGCCCGGAGGUGUUCAGUUGGAGGAAUUGUUGAGGAGUAUCAGCUGCCUUAUUAUGACAUGGUGCCUUCAGAUCCCUCCAUAGAAGAGAUGAGGAAGGUGGUUUGUGAUCAGAAGUUCCGACCAAGUAUCCCAAACCAGUGGCAAAGCUGUGAAGCACUCCGGGUCAUGGGGAGAAUAAUGCGUGAGUGCUGGUAUGCCAAUGGGGCAGCUCGACUCACUGCCCUCCGUGUUAAGAAGACCAUCUCUCAGCUUUGUGUCAAGGAAGACUGCAAAGCCUGAGAAGGAUAGCCAAGUCAUGAAGAAAUCUCUCACACCUUCCAUCCCAUCACCCCUUUGUGUAAAUAUUUUGCUUUGCUUUGUUUUGUUUUAGUUCUACCUCAAUGAUAAUUCACUACAGUAUUUAAAGUGCCCUGAAGGCAACAUGAAAAGUUAACUCUAAAGUUAAACAUGGGCAGGACUUGACUUUCUCCAGUCUCCAUGUUGUCUUUAAUUUUAUUUUCAAAGGUGACAAAGUGCAUUUUUCCCCAAUUUAAUGAGAAAGAUAUUAUAAAUAUAAAAUAAGCUACAUUAGAUUUUUUUGUUUUACUUGAACCAAUAGCAUAUGAGUGAGAUAAACAUAUUAAAGAUGUGAACUACAGUAUAUUUAAUAGUGAAACAUAACUUUACAAAUUAGCUGGACACUUUAAAAAUAAAUAUUUCCCAGAAUUUUAAUAUAUAAAGCCUGGAAAGAUGGAGCUAGUAAGUGGAAUAUGAAAGCAAGAUCUGAGUCUCUAUUGGUGGCUCCCCUCUGUUCCCCUAGUCUUCAUAACCCACUACAACAGCAGUUCCUAAGAUGAAUAGUUGGAAAGUCAUUAAAGUUGUUGUUUCUAAUUUUGAAAAAAAGCUGCCUGAUGUCUUGAAACAUUGAGAAAAGCUCCAGAGUGGCAGAAGUAAUGUCAGACUUGGCAAUCAGUCCAAAUCUUGUGACAACCACCACUUUCCCUUGAAUUCCUAUAGUGCUUUUCUUUCUAUGCAGAAACAUCUUCAAUUAUGAUACUUUUAAUUUAGUCCUUUAAAAAGUGUAUUGAGUCAUUUUGUAAAAUCGUAAUGGACCUUCAAAAAAUCUUAGAACCAUAUCUAUUCAUAUAGUAAUAGUUAUCCCAUUUGUUAAGAAGAUGUUUUCUGAACACUGCCAAAGAUUAAUCCAUCAUAAAUAUACAUUGUCAGAAGAUGUAUGUCUUAAGAUGUAAUUAAGGGGUAUUUAUUUAGAAAGAAAAAAACUGAAAGGGAAGAGGAAAUAAGGAAACAGUUUUAGGAAAUUUGAGAAAACUCCAAAAAAGUUUAACAAUUAACCCAUGCAGAGUACCACAGCAAUCAGCUGAUACCCCCUGCCGUUUUUAGAGGAACCAAGGGUAAAGAGUUUUGGUAGCUUUGCUUCUACUCUCCUAUCGGUGAAUAUUUAAUAAGACACCAAGCAUUUCCUUCAAAUACACUGUACUGCUUUGGUGAGGGAGAUUUAACAUGGUAUCUUUUAUUCUUACAAAACAAUAUUUCUCAAACUUCGUUCCUUAGAACAUUCUUUUGCCUAGAUGUUUCCAGAAAAAAGUGCUCUUUGUAGCGUCUUGGAGAGUGACACUGCACAUUAACGUAUCAUGGUCAGCAGUAAAGACAUGCUACCUGAAUAUUUUUAAGGCCAAAUAUUUAACCCCAGAGGAGACCUUUUAAGGUAGGAGAAAAUUUUACUAUAUAGCAUUUAGGUAUUCCACAAAGCACAACUUGGGGAAUAAUUUUCUGAAGGACGUACCUAUUUAUUUUCCACAUAGAAUACAACUUGGUGAAUAUAUUUCAUUUUACUAGGGAAAUAUAUUACUGAAUCCAUCUUCAUGUGAUUGAGUUAAGAAAGACAAAAAAGCCUGACAGCUGUGGGGCUUGCACACACUUUUCUUCUCAUUUAUGUAUUCAUCCACUUUUAAUGACAGCACCCCAUAUCUUGCUUGCCACAAUAUUGGGUGCAAGAGAGAAUAAAAAGAGAGAUAGGUCCUGCCCUCAGGGAUUUUAAAGUCUAAUUUGGGAGUGGGAAAAUGCACUGCAUUUGAGGGAAAGAAAGUAAAUUGACAGAUAAAAUACACAGUGGAAUGUCUUGAGUUCUGUAUGACAAUGGGUUUCUAGAAUAGGUCUGAAAAUCACUUCCAAAUUGCAAAAUAUUUAGAAAGUAUCUUUAUUUAGAUGGUACAGUCUAAAUAUAUCUUCAGUUUCAAAAAGCACCCAUAUGAAUGGACUUUUUAAAAAGUGCUACGUGGAAGGGUAAUCUUGCUUGGGUUUGUUACCUUAUUUCACACAUUGUUUCUGCAUGUAGGAGAGUGAAGGUAUUUACUUACAUGGUUGUACUCGAAUCUCCAAUAAACAAAAAUAAUAUGUCCCAUUUUAUUUACCAAUGUUUGGUGAAUAUACUUACUGAAUUUUUAAGAGAGGAUGUCUUAACGUCUUUAUUUUGUUACUAUGUUUUAUAAUUUAUUGGGGUAUCUAAAGAUAAUUUAUAUUUUAUUGGUUUAGCAGCCACUGUGGAAAAAUCUAUACAUUGGCACAUUUUGAGAUGUUUUGCUUGUUCUGCUGUUUAACUGUAAUUCCUAAGUGAAUAAUCUUAUAUUUGAAUUGCUAAAUACAUUUUUACAAAAGGACAGAGCAACAAAAAUAUAAGGAAAACAAUAAAAGUUGAAGUUGUUCCUUAACUCUCAAUAUGACUAUACAUAGAAACUGCUCACUUAUAAAAAAAAUAAAGAUUAGUGCAUCAGGCAAAUUUACUGUAAAUACCUUGCUGUUAAAUUUUAUAUUACUUUUAAAAAUGGAAUCUCAUGCAAUAUUUGUUUCUUUUAAAUUUUGUUAUGAGCAAAAAAAUAUUCUUAGGCUAUGUGUGGAGUGUCAGUAUUCCUUUGCUCUUUCGAAUAUCUUGGCUUUGGGGUGUAAUAUAAAGCUCGAGGGAAUGCUAUUGUGAAUUUUCAGUACUGUAUGAAGCAAUGACAGGAUUUAUGCACAGCAUCACUCCCUGAAAAUAUGAGAAGCAUUAUUUGUUGUCAAUAUUUGAGCAUGAAUUUGUUGCUUUAUAAGUUAUGGGUUUAAGUUUGUAAUCAGUGCCAACUCGUUGUAUGCAUUCUUCCAUGUCUAAAAUAUUUGGCAUGUCACAUCAAGAAUUUUAAAUUUAUGUUCUGCCUUGAGAGUUAAGUGAAAUAUGACUGCCAUGCUCUAUUUUAGGCAUCACACUUGCUUUUCAUCUUUAUACUUUCAAUUAACUUUGCAUUUUAAAUUUCCAUAAUUGUAUGAAAAUAGUAACCUGGUUGCAAUGUCUGAAGCAUUCAAAAUCAGCUUUAACUUUAAAAUGAAAAACCUACAGCACAUUCAUUGGGUGAGAAGUUCCAUGAUGUCUUCUUGUCUCUGGUACUUCUACAAUUGCAAAUGAUUAGACAAUGGGAAAUCCCACUGCCCUGGGAUUUUGCUACCAUGUGUCUUAUUGGGGCAGAACAAACUCAGGGCUAUCUUGGAAUCUAAGCAAGAGUCCCAGGAACUACUUGGCACACUGUCUGAAAGCAGGGAGGGGGGCAUCUGCCAUCCUACAAGGAUCAAUGCACAAUUUCACAUUACUUGGGAAUAGUUUCUGAUUGAUUACUGAAAAUAAAUAUGAAAUUCUAUUUGGCUAAAAUAAAUUUAUUUAAGAUGUGGAAACUUUCAUUUCCCAUCAAGAAGUUAGGUAAUAAUAGCAAAUAAAUCCUAAGUUGUUAGGUGAAGCCUUCAAUAACUAUUUCUAAAAUAACAUCACAAAUCAACAUUAUAAGCUACUUAGAAAUGUUUAUUAUUGGUAUCUUAAAGUGGUGUCAUUGUAUUGUUUGAAGAUAUUUUAUCCUUUGUGGAACACAACAUUGCUGUGUCUGGCAACACUUGUCCUAGCUCCACAUGCUGAUAUUUUCUUUGAUUUUAUUCACUAUUAUAGACUGUAAUUUAUUUGAGGGCUUUUUGUUUUGUACAAGGAUCUUUAAAAUAAGAAAAAUUCUGGAAUGAAACACACUCAUUAAAAAUUUAAUAAUAAGUACAGUUUCUAGAAUAUAGGCAGUUUUCCAAAGAAUUUUAAUGCAAAACUUUCAGAUGCUUGACUUUCUUUUUGCCCUGUAGUUUUUCUUUA